AUGGAAGAAGAAGAAGACGACGACAAACACAAAAUUGACCGGAAAGUAGUCGGAGUUUACCUAAAGAGAGAGAAUCGGAGGAAGAAGAGCGAUUCGAUUCGCUCGCGGAUUGAAGAAGACAAACCGAAAGGGAGACUCGGAGAGCUUCUUCGAAACAAACCCUUUUCAACGCCGCCGUCUCCGAUGGGUUUCCGAUCGUUUAAUUCCCGGUCGACGAAAUUCCGGCGAUCUACCCCGUCUCUGCAUCACAAUCGACGAAGCGGAGCUCAAUCUCUGCCACUUUUCUCACAGAAUUUAUAG